AUGGAUGAGAAAAUCGCUUCGCAGUCGAUCAUGACGUCCCCGCCGCCAGAAAAGGGAAUACGGGACAAUGGAGACGAGGAACAAACGAGUCACGAAGCGACUUCGCCAACCGACAAGAACAAUCCCAACAGUAGCAGUAGCAGCGAUGAGAUGAUCAUUGACGAUGAUGAGGCUCGCAAGACCCUCGACUAUGAUGCGAACGAUUCGCCAUACCCAGAGGUCCGCGCUGUUGUGCCAGCUAAAGAUGAUCCAACCACGCCUACCAACACAGUGCGCAUGUGGGUGAUUGGUCUUUUGUUCACUAUCAUUGGAAGCGUUUUGAAUCAGUUAUUCAGUUUGCGCCAACCGAGUGUCACCAUCUCGGCAUUUGUCGGUCAAUUGCUCGCAUAUCCUGUAGGCGUCGCAUGGGCUCGCGUGAUGCCCAUCGGCAUCUUGAAUCCGGAUCGUCACUUCAAUAUUAAAGAGCAUGCUCUCAUCACCAUCAUGGCCAAUGUCUCUUUUGGGUCCGCUUCCGCAACCCAAGUCAUCGAAGCCAUGGUCAAGUUCUACAACCUCGGCAACAAUCCCGGCUUCGGUAUCUUGUUCACAAUUGCGACACAACUGUUCGGUUUCGGUCUUGCAGGUCUAUUUCAGAGAUGGCUCGUUCAGCCAGCCGCCAUGAUUUGGCCUAGUGUUCUAUCAAACUCUGCGCUUUUGAUGGCGCUUCAUUCUAGAACGAAUGCUCUUGCAGAUGGAUGGACUAUAUCGCGCCGGAAAUUCUUCCUUAUCGUAUUUUCAGCAGGAUUUGUUUGGUAUUUCCUUCCCGGAUUUCUCUUCAAGGCAUUGAGCUAUUUCAGCUUUAUCUGCUGGAUCGUUCCCCACAACGUCGUGGUCAACCAGCUUUUUGGCCAAGUCAGCGGAUUGGGAAUGUCCGUUUUGACAUUCGAUUGGGCUCAGGUUGUCUACGCCAAUGCCAACCCUUUGUUGACUCCUUUCUGGGCUGGUGUCAACGUCAUAUUCGGGUUCGUCUUUUUCUACUGGCUGAUUUGCCCUAUUAUUUACUACACCAAUACCUGGUAUUCUGCAUACAUGCCCAUGAUGAGCUCGAACACAUUCGACAAUACCGGAAAAUCGUACAACACAUCUAGGAUUAUGAAUGCGGAUGCCACUGUCAACGUGGAGAAAUACGAAAAAUAUUCGCCCAUGUUCCUUCCUGCCGGCUAUGCUUUGACUUACGGUAUUGCCUUUGCCAAUUUGACUGGAAUCUUUGUGCAUAUUGCCCUUUACCAUGGCAAAGAGAUCUGGACUAUUUGGAAAGGCAAUGGCAAGAAAGAUGUACAUGCUCGAAUUAACGAAGGCUAUCGACAAGUCCCAUGGUGGUGGUUUGCUAGUAUUACCUUGGGUAUGUGGGUGUUGAGUAUUAUUGUCAAUGAAGUCUGGCAUACCGGCUUGCCAGUGUGGGCUGUUCUUCUAGGCUUCUUGUUGCCUCUGGUGUAUUUCUUGCCAAUUGGCAUCAUCAAAGCCUUGACUAAUAUCAGCACCAAUGAAAUCAACCUGAUCACCGAGUUCAUUGGAGGAUAUGCUUUCUUGGGCACACCUAUUGCCAAUAUGUCGUUCAAGUUUCUUGGUUAUGCCGGUGUUGCGCAAGGACUAGAGUUCAUUGCCGACCAAAAACUUGGCCACUACUUCCACAUCCCCCCUCGCACAGUCUUUUUCGCCCAAGGCAUCGCUACGCUAGUCGGAGCCCUAGUCCAAUCCGGCCUCACAAUCGGCAUCCUCGAAGGCGUUGACAACGUCUGCACCUCCAAACAAUCUGGCGGGUACACCUGCCCCCACGGAACGGUCACCUACUCAUCCUCUCUUAUCUGGGGCGCCCUGGGCCCCGGGCGUAAUUUCUCCCCGGGCCAGAUCUACGGAAAUUUGCUUUGGUUCUUCCUCGUUGGACCCCUGGUUGUCCUUUUGACAUGGGCUCUAGGACGUAAAUGGAAGUUCUUUAACUACAUUGCCUGGCCUGUAGUGUUUGGUGGUAUGAGUCUAGUACCGCCUGCUACGGGUAUCAAUUUUUCGUCGUGGUUUGCGUUCAAUGCCAUUUUCAAUGGUAUUAUCAAGCGCAGGAGAGGAGCUUGGUGGUCUAAAUAUAACUACAUCCUCGCCUCGGCACUCGACUGCGGCGUCGCAGUCUCCACUGUCAUCAUCUUCCUCUGCAUCGUUCUCCCCGGCGGUACCCUGCAGUGGUGGGGAAACACUGUUUAUGCAAAGACCGCAGAUGGUCUCGGUACCCCCUGGAAAUCAUUGGCGCCUGGUCAAACUUUUGGACCGUCCUCAUGGCAUUGA